CUUUAUAUUAACUCUUUCUUUCUUUUCAUCAUCUUACAGAAUGUAUCAAAGAGAACAAAGUAACUCUCUCUUUUUAGGAGGUGAACGUACAACAGGCCAAGAUGUGCGUUCCAGUAAUGUUCUUGCUGCUGCUUCUAUUGCUAAUAUCGUCAAGAGCUCUUUGGGUCCUGUUGGUUUAGAUAAAAUGUUGGUCGAUGAAAUUGGUGAUGUCACUAUUACUAAUGAUGGUGCUACUAUUCUUCAAUUACUCGAAGUAGAACAUCCUGCUGGUAAAGUGUUAGUUGAACUCGCUCAACAACAAGACCGCGAAGUAGGUGAUGGUACUACUUCUGUUGUCAUUAUUGCUGCUGAACUCUUGAAGCGCGCUAAUGAGCUUGUCAAGAACAAGAUUCACCCUACCACCAUCAUCACGGGUUAUCGUUUGGCUUCUAAGGAAGCUUGUCGUUUCAUUGCUAACGAAAUGUCUAUCAAGGUCGAUGCUCUUGGUAAAGAAUGUCUUAUCAAUGCUGCAAAGACUUCUAUGAGUUCCAAGAUUAUUGGAUCUGAUUCCAAGUUCUUUGCCAAUCUCGCUGUUGAAGCCAUGCUCGCAGUCAAAUCCACCAACAUUCGUGGUGAGACCAAAUACCCUGUCAAGGCUGUCAAUAUUUUAAAGGCACACGGUAAAUCUGGUCUUGAAUCUCAAUUUGUACGUGGUUAUGCCCUUAACUGUACUGUUGCUUCUCAAGCCAUGAAGAAGCAAAUCAAGAAUGCCAAGAUUGCUUGUUUAGACAUGAACUUGCAAAAGGCUCGUAUGCACCUUGGUGUCAACAUUGUAGUCGAUGAUCCCGACAAAUUAGAAGACAUUCGUAAGCGAGAAAUUGAGAUCACAACAGAACGUAUUCAAAAGAUUUUGGAUGCUGGUGCCAAUGUGAUUCUGACAACAAAGGGUAUUGACGAUUUGUGUUUGAAGUUGUUUGUUGAAGCUGGUGCUAUGGCUGUUCGUCGUUGUAAGAAGGAAGACUUGAAGCGCAUUGCCAAGGCAACAGGUGCUACUUUAGUUUCUUCUUUGGCCAACUUGGAAGGCGAAGAAACCUUUGAAGCUGCUUACCUUGGUCAAGCCGAAGAAGUUGUUCAAGAACGUAUUUCUGAUGAUGAAUGUAUUUUAGUCAAGGGCACCAAGAUCCAAAACUCUGCUUCUGUUAUCUUGCGUGGUGCUAAUGAUUACAUGUUGGAUGAAAUGGAAAGAUCACUUCAUGAUUCCCUUUGCGUUGUCAAGAGAACUUUGGAAAGCAACAGUGUUGUACCUGGUGGUGGUGCUGUUGAAUCUGCUUUGAGUAUAUACCUUGAAAACUUUGCUACCAGCUUAGGUUCUCGUGAACAACUCGCUAUUGCUGAAUUUGCUAAUGCUUUGCUUGUGAUUCCCAAGACACUUGCUGUUAAUGCCGCCAAGGAUUCUACAGAAUUAGUGGCCAAGCUUCGUGCUUAUCAUAACACUGCUCUUAAUGCUGAUGCUGAUGAUCGUAAGCGUGCUCUUAAAUGGUAUGGUCUCGAAUUGAUUGAUGGCACUGUCCGCGACAACCUCAAGUCUGGUAUUUUGGAACCUACCAUGUCCAAGAUUAAAUCACUAAAGAGUGCUACUGAAGCUGCUAUUGCUAUCUUGAGAAUUGAUGACUUUAUCAAGGUUGCACCAGAACCUAAAGGAAACCCUGAACAUGAUGGUCAUGGACAUUAAACACCUUGUAAAGAAAAUAAAAUAAUAAAAUAAAAAGAGUUUAUUUAAGAGAAA